AUGCUGAGACUCGUUGCCAAAACAUUAAACUUAUCUGGCUUGAUACCGCAGGCUCUGUCGAAUGAAGCGCCUCCUCCAGAGCUGCGCAAAACAAGCAUUGCUAUGCCACACGGACUCCCUCGAUUUUGCUGUCAAAUAAAGGAAAAGAAAAAUCGAUCACUGGAUGCCCAAGAUGUCGUACAAGGUAUACGCGACACUCCUAUGAACAAGCUGGUCCACACAAUUCCCUCGUAUGACUUGGGCUCAGGCGUACUGGAAACUCCUUCUGUCAAAGACCACCUUUUGAUUACAGCCAAGAUUUUAGAUUAA